AUGGUUUGGUUUGCGUAUUGCGACGACGAACCCGACUCUUUAAUCUCCUUCGACCCAGUCUUCACCGACACUCAACAACCCAACACCCAAAACCCUAACUUUGUGUUCGAUUUCGUAUUGGUUUACAGGCGAGCCCCCGAACCAAACUCAGAUUCAGACGAAGACGAAGAUCUUGACGACCUCUGCGAUUUAGAAACUCGAAUCGUUCGUCAGACCCACGAGUUCGAUAAAGAUUGGCUCAUUGGUGGCGAUAGGGACCAGAUACAAGACAACGUCUUUCAGAUUCUUGAGAUGAUCCAAGUCCCUUCGUACUCUGACAUCGUCCACACGUUAACUUUCGAUAUCUUGGAAUUAAAGAAACGCGAGGCCAUGUCUGAUUCGCCGGAGAUUGAGAGGAUACGAGUAGAGAUUGAUGUUAUCGUCCCGAGGUUUCCCUGUGAUAACGACGAUGUUGAUCUUGAACUCGAGCUAUGA